UAUUUAAUUUCGUUUUUGAUUUGAUCAAAAUUUGUUAUAGUUCACGAUGUCGAGAAAAUGUUUUUCGUUUGGUUUUAUGUCUCAUUUGCCCGAUUUGACGAUUGCCAAUAAAAGUUUUAGGCUGAAUGCCUGCAACGACUGGCUGGCGCGUCGUUAGAUUAAAACAAAGUUGAUAUUGUUAUCAAGUUACUGGGCAGCACUUUUGUCUUGACCCAUUCGGUUGCUAUCAGACAACACUUUGAAAAUGUCUUCCACCAAUCAGCCACAUGUGUCACUUGACAACGCAUCUACUAUUGAGGGCGAGAAGGUUGAGAAAGAAGUUGAUAAGGAUGUAGAAAUUGUUGAUGACUCCACUACCAAACCAAACAAUAAUGCAGCUCUUAAUAAUUCAUCAACAAAAUGUAAGUCAUCUGAUGGAAAAAGGAGACUGAGUAGGUUAAAGGAAAAAGGUGUCAAAAAGGCAAAUGAGAAGCUUAGCAAGCAACUGCAAUGUGUCGUAUGUUUGAAGAAAACUCGCUGCAAGUACAACAUUUUGAGGAAUAACGACACAAAACAUCUUUGCGAUGAUGUCUGCUUCAAAACUUUUAAAUCAAAUCCUGCUUCUUAUUUAGCAUUACCCUCGUCAUCAUUGUUGGCUCAGUCAUCUACCGCCACUCCAACCACCCCAACCACUUCCUCCAGCUCGACCACAACCAGAAAUCCAAACCCACCAAAGACAUGUGACUCUUGUCAGCAACCUGUCCCUGGUUCAGGCAAAGGCAUCACGUGGAAAGUUGGACCUUAUUUCAAAACAUUUUGUUCAUCGACCUGCUUGGAGAAGAAGAAGGGACCAGCGAAAGCCUGUGCAUUGUGUUUCAAGAACCUGACAAAUGAUGGGAGUGCUUUCGUAGCUCCUGUGACCAAUGAAGGUCUCAAGGACUUCUGCAGCCACAAGUGUCUCGCCAAGUAUGAAGAUUUUAAUAUAAACAAGCAAAAAGAAGAAGAUAAGAUAAAAAGCCUUAGCUCGGAUGUGCUGACCAACGCCAUAAACUUAUUAACCAAAUGCUACAGCUGUCAAAACAGCACAAUCUGCAAGUUUGAAUUGGGCAAAGGAAACCUCUUGAAACGAUUUUGCAGUGAUAAGUGUGUGCUGGCAUUUAGGGUUUCAGAGAGAUGUGAGAUGUGCAAGUGCACCUUAAACUCAAACAACAAAAAGUUGACCAAGUUGUUUGAAGGUGUUGAUUAUAGUCUAUGCAGUGUUACCUGCCUCAACACGUUCGUGGCGAAACAUCACAAGCUGGUUCCAUGUUCAUGGUGCAACAUUAGGAAGAGUUGUUUUGAAAUGAUUGAAAAACAAGAUGCCAGCAACAGCAAAGUUCAAUAUUAUUGCAGCCUCAACUGCCUCUCAUUGUACAGAGUCAAUGUGCAAGCCAACUCUAAUGUUAAAGUAACAUGUGACUACUGUAUGAAAUUCGCACCGGCACAGUACCAUCUGUCAAUGAGUGAUGCAUCGGUCAGGAAUUUUUGUGGCUACCCUUGCGUCCUGGCUUUCCAGAACAAGUUCGUAGAAACAAAGGGACCAGAGUCAGCAACAAUAAAAAUAUUAUCUACGUCGUCGGCAACUAAACCAUCAUUUACGCUACCAACUGCUAAGACGUCGACCACAUCAUUAGCAGCUAUGACAUCAUGUACAUCGUCAGCUACCACUGCUGCAACUAACUGUGUGGCUCCUGAAAUCAGUGAAGAAGCAAGCAACGAAGAAGGGCUCUCAGCCUGCAAAGUCAUCAUAAAGCCUCCACCUCCGAAGGAAGUGAAGAACAAAGCAUUAAUCUGCAAACCAAUCAUUCAUACAAAGUUCACCCAGUGCAAGAUCCACUGCGCCAGCAAAUCUACUCAGACAGAUGGGGAAUUGUGCCCUAAGAAAAUUAUCGUGCCUGUGCCUGUGCCGAUGAUGUUGCCAACCCCGAUGAACAUGUACACCUCGCCCACGCCAUACCCCGUCAUCAUUCCGGUACCCGUCCCUGUACCGUGUUUCAUACCUACAACCAAAGCCUCUGCUCAGGGUAUCAUGAAAAAGAUCAAGGAUUUACAAGAAAAGUUGCCAUCGGAUCCCUUCCAAGCUGAACUACUGAUGAUGGCAGAGGCAGUGGCAGGUGUCAGCAAGGCAUCGGAUAAUGAGGAGGAUGACGAAGAGGAAACUGUCAGUGCUGCUCACAACAAUGCUGUAGAAGAGGACAUGCUGACAAUUGCUUUGAGGAUGGCUAGUGAGAUGGCAAGGGAGCAGGAUGUCGGCUCUUCUAACAUGAGUGUCACCAACAAGAUAAAUAGAAAUCAUGAACUAGUUAUGAACACGUACAGCACGAUUGACACAACGUCAGAUGUUAUUCAGCACAGCAUCAUGACGUCCGAUGCAGGGUUGAAUGACGUUAGAAGCAGGGGCGUCAAAAGGAAAUCCAGUCAUGGUCAAAAGAGUAGGGUAUCAGUCAAUAACGCCACGACCGCCAAUAAUACGAUUAUGAGCAUGGCCAACAAUAAGAAUCCAAUGGAGCACAGUGCCAAAAAAUAUAAAAUGGAUGAUGCAUCAGUCAAUAGCUACCAACAACAAUCUCUUAAGCAACAACAGCAGCAACAAGUGGAACCUAUAUCUGAUGCUUCUUAUGUUUUGAAGUUCUCAUACGGCGUGAAUGCUUACAAGCACUGGGUCGGUCAGAAAAAUGCACAAAUAGAAGCAUCCUACCAGCAGUACAAGAGGCUGCAUCCUUCGGUGGCGCUUACAAGGGGACCAAGAUUUUUUAAAUUAGACCUGCUGCAUGCUCCCUCCGUCGAGUUGAACCAGGCGUUGAGCAUGUUCGUAAAGGAGGUCAGAAAACCAAAUGGAGAAGAUUAUGCACCAGAUAGCAUUUUGUAUCUCUGCUUGGGCAUUCAAGAGUACAUGUAUGAAAAUGGUCGGAUAGACAAUAUAUUUACUGACUACUUUUACGACAAAUUUAAUGAGAAUCUGAAUGAGAUACUAUCUCAUUAUGAAGUCAGACUCAAUGCUCAAGGUAUGCUGGUGUGCCGGAUCGAAGAGGAACAUUUAUGGGAAUCAAAGCAGCUGGGAGCUCACUCGCCACACGUCCUGCUCAACACAUUACUCUACUUCAAUUCUAAAUAUUUCCUCCUCAAGACACCGCAAGAGCACGUCAACCUUUCUUUUUCAAACAUCGUGAAACACUGGAAGAGAUCAACUACAUCAAAUGGCAGGCAGGGCAAAAGUGUCUAUCUGCGGUAUUACAUGAAUCCGUCUCAUGCCGUGGCCUCUAUGAGUGGAUCAGCUGUAGGGUCAGUUGACAAGAAAAAAGUGAAAGAAGAUGCCGCAUAUUUAGAACAAGCUGAGAAUGCAGAGAAUCCUCUGAGGUGCCCGGUUAAACUAUACGAGUUCUACAUUUCCAAAUGCCCAGACAGCAUUAAGAACAGGACUGAUUUGUUUUAUUUAACACCGGAGCGAUCCUGCGUACCGGACAGUCCCGUUUGGUACUCGACACAACCUCAAAACAUAGAAAACAUCAGCAAGAUGUUCAACAGACUGAGAGUGGUGAGGGAAGUACAGGAGGCUCACCUCUCCAACAUGGCUCCUACGUACCAUGCUUGAUGUUACAACCUGCCGUGUGCUGCUGCUAUGUCGUUGUCUCUGACGAGGAAAUGAUGAACUGACAAUGUUGUUUUUUAUUAUAUAUUUAUAUACACGCACGCUUACAAACAGUAUAUACACACGUGCUUUGUUGUUUAAAAAAUAUAGUAAUACGCAUGUAUGCAUACAAAAUUGUUGACUUAAAUAUAAGAUUUUGUUUUGGUA